GGGUGGUAAAGACUCUGACAAGACUUUUGAAAUUGGGCUUGAUUUGGCUUUUGCAAAAGAUCUGCCAGUAAAUAGUAAUGUAAGAAACAAGCGUAAGAUUUCAGUAAGGAAUUGUACUUCGAAAAAAUUUAAAAGAUAUGAUGUUGUUGAAGAUAAUUCAGAUGUAGAAUUUGUUAGUGAUAAAGUAAAUAAAAAUAUGAUGUUUAGUCCUAUUUGUAAAAAUGUCUGUCAAAGUUUGUGCACACUUUUAAAUGUGGACUUUGAAAAGACAAAUGUACCACUGUUUACACGUGUUGGCUUAUUAGGAGCUCCAUGUAAAAAUGACAGUAUAGUGGCUGAUGGCAACUGUUUUUUCCGAGCCAUCUCUCAAGCUGUGACUGGCACACAAAAGUAUCACAGAAAAAUACGAGUUGCUGUAGUGCAACAGUUGGAAAAAAAUAGUGUAAAAUACCAAAACAUUUUGAGAACAGAGUAUUCGUCAAUGUCAGAGUACAUCAAUAAGUCCAAAAUGCGAUAUGUUAACAUUUGGGCUACGGAAGUUGAAAUACAAGCAACAGCGGAUUAUUUAGGAGUCAAUGUAUUUACAUUUUUUGACGGCCGUUGGUUAAAAUACACUUGCAACAGUAAGCUUUUGUCAAAUCAGAGUAUCUACUUAGAAAAUUGCAAUGGAAACCAUUAUGAAACUGUAGUUUGUGUUUAUGAGCCUGAAUUACAGAGUUGUUAUGGCUAUUGCAAAACCAGUGAAUCUUAUAUUACAGGGUACAAUAUUAGAUCACAUAUUAAGAAUGACAAUAAUGUUUUAGCUUUGGAAAACCAGAAACUGCAUUUUGAAGUGCAAAUGCAGUCUAGGACUGAACAACAACACAACAUAUUAAAAACAGUGCAAAAUGAGACCGGUGCAGCAGGAAUGAUAGUAGAUUGUGAUGUUGAAGUUGUGGGUGAUUCUGAUGUUGAAAUUGUGGAAAAUGCAGGUCAUAUGACAUUCAAAUAUAGUCCUGUAUCUACUGAAGUUGCACAAACAAUAUGCAAUGAAUUAAAUUUGAAUUUUGAAAGAGAAUAUAUACAAGUAUCAAGAAGAUUCUGA